AUGACCAUUCCAAUAAUCGAUCUCAGUCCAUUAUUCGGGGACUCUUCCUCUCCUACGAACUUAUCUAAAGUGGUCGAAGAAUUUCUCUAUGCUUUCAAAGAGAUGGGUUUUGCUUAUGUGAUCAACCAUCGGAUCCCACAGUCGAUCAUUACCGAUGUGUUUGCUCAACAUCGUCGUUUUCAUGCUUUACCAUUCGACGAAAAAAAUAAAAUACGCUUAAAUCAGUGGCAUCGAGGGUAUCUUCCGAUGGCAUCGUAUCAGGUCAAAUCGGAAUCGAAAUCGAAAGGUGUUUUAGUUGAAGACACGGUAGCAACUGUCAAAGCUCCAAAUCAAAGUGAAUCAUUCAUUGUUAAUCAUGAACAUUUCGAAGGACCUGCUAAUUUGAAAGAAGAAGAAUUAUACAGUCGAUAUUUACAAGGUCCAAAUCAGUGGCCACAAGGUAUGCCAGAAUUCCGCGAAGCUGUUCUUGCAUAUUACCAUCAAUUAGAAAAACUAGCCUUGGAAUUGACGAAAGUAUUCUUCGCUGCUAGUAAAGCUGAUUUCAAUCGAUUUGCUCCUCAUUUUCAACGACCAUCGAUUGGUCUACGUAUGCUUCAUUAUCCGCCGCAACCUUCACCUGUUCCUGAAGGUGUUUUUGGAAGUGCACCACAUUGUGACCAUGGUUUUCUAACCAUCCUUGCUCAAGAUGAUGUCGGCGGUUUAGACGUCAAAACGCCCACUGGUGAGUGGAUAUCCGCUCCAAACAUGGUAUCAUCGAACGGUGAAACAGCGCUUCUAAUUAAUCUGGGCGAUAGUGCAUCGAAAUGGACAAACGAUUGUCUUCGAGCUACUCCACAUCGUGUGAUUAAUCGUUCGGGUCGUGAUCGUUAUUCCAUUGUCUUUUUCUGGGAUCCUCAACUAGAUUUUACCAUAGACACGCGUGAUCUAGGAACACAAUGGUGUCCUGCAGAUAAAACACCUAAUUAUGAACCACAAACAUACGGGCAACACUUAAGAAAACUGUUAUCGCACAAUUACUCAGAACUAUAUAAAACUAUUGACGGCGCGCAGAAGCCGAAUGACUAA